GUUGUUUUACUUGUCGUUCGUUGUUUCUUAAAUCCUGUCAGGGUUGCUUCUUUUUAUCUUGGUCAAAGUGGCCCAAGGUCACGGCUCUGUCAGGCGGGGUUCAAUAAAAUCUUGAGGGGAACCUCUGCAUCGCUCGUUAAUCCGUGGCCUUUACGACAUUUGGUUGCGUCUAGCGCUUCGUAUGACUUCCGGAAGCUUGCCCGCCCUUUUGGAAGCAGUCCUGAGCAGAUCGCCGACUGCCUCCUCUCCACUUGCUCACAGAUGACACUAUGGGGGUCGACCCUCUCUCCCCCAUUGCGCCCGUACGCUUACGGGCGCUGCUACUGCCCAUUGGCAAGAUAAAACGCUCGAGGUUCCUGAGCUUCGCCGCAAGGCUUCAGGCCGAAAAUGUUGUCCGCUUGGGUGAUAUUAGCCCUGAUGCGCGACCCAAUCGAAAUAUGUUUUCCCCGCUGGCCUUCCCUACCGGCAUGAUACUUUACGACCUGUCCUACUCCGUGCCCCCCACAUCCCACCUAGAACUAUUUCCUUUCGAGAUAUUUAGGGAGCCCCUGGUCAUCAUUGCGAUAGCCGAUGGUGCAGAACUUAGCGAAAGCGUUAAGAAGGACGAACCAGCAUCUGCAGCCGAGCAACCCCCAACUCCGGGCGAGUUGGAGCAGCUUCGACAGGAACUGGAAACAGUCAAGGAGAGCAAUCCGAGGGCGUUGGUACACCAGCUCCUGAUCUUCGACUAUGAAGGGGUUAAUAAACUCACGAAUGGCCCGGGGGAUGUCCUCUGGAUUCCACGACCUCAGGCGUCGAAGGCCACUACAAUGAAGACGGUCUUGUGUGAUAUUACGUCUGUGCUACUGUCUGAGCUGGACGAGUUUGCAAAGGCCAUCCAGAGUAUACCAUCUAUAGAAUCGCCGAGGGCGUCAUCCUGGGGUCCUCAUCGUGGCCCGGACAUACGUCCGCGGCCGACCGACAGGCUGUUUCAUCGGAUGACCAUGCCUGCACAUCUCCCAUCCAACCCCAACAGUGCACCAGAGUCUCCCAUGAGAUCCAACCAGGGCUCGCCUGCUCUAAGCGAUCAUGAGACUCCAACAACAUUUGAUGAGAUCACUCGGUCAAUACAAGUGGCCAACCGUUCCAACUCGGUGGGUAAAGUGCAUUCGCUGCCGUCAUCCAAGGAGCACAGUCGCGAUCGGAUGUCCGUGAGCGGCAUGAGCGCAACUGACCGAACUAAAAACCGGAUCAAAGGUCGUACGGGUGUUGUUGUUGGGACACUGUUCCUCCAAGCUGGCAGAUGGCCGGACGCUCUGAAAGAGCUCGUUGAAGCCGCGUCUAAUGCUAGAGCAAGCAGUGACUAUGUAUGGCAUGCAAAGGCGCUGGAAUCCAUCCUUCUCUGUCUACUAAUGGUCGCCUGGGCUGGGAUGGACUUUCAGAUCCCUCCCGUUUGCUACCCUGUUGCCGACAAGUCCUCAAAGCUGUCAUAUAGCAGUAGCCUUGACACAAGCUUAUCAUCUCCUGGGAACCGUAUAAUCUCACUCCAAAAUCUAUCUAACCUAUUACCCGAUCUUGCGAACAAUAUAUUGAAUCUCUACAAUCGUGCCGCGAACAUAACAGACGAGCCUUUGCCUCAGCUUGUUUUCUCGGAAACAGUGAUUCGUCUGGCAAGAUUAUUGGCGGCAGCUCGUAUCCGCGAUGGCGCCCUGGAUGAUGUUGCCCUCAAGCAUGUUGUUAUGAAUGAGUCCCUCCCACUUUUGCACCGACCAGAACGACCUCGUGGUCUCACCAUUCUUCGAAAAUCUGACAUUGCAAACUUCCUUUUCCGUGCAUUGCCUCUUUCCUCUAGCGCAGAUCUGCCUCCAACGGACGCCAUACCUAUCAUCGUUGGUGUGGUAUCCGUCCUGAAUGUGCUUGAUCUACCACGAAAGAAAGCCUUCAUAUUGAGGGAGCUUCUAUCCAUUAUGGUUCCGACGCUUGUGCAGGCCCGCAAGAUUGGUGCAGCAGAAGUUGGGGUUCAUCCCGCCGCCGGUUUAGCAUCUCUCAGCGACACAGCUUUUGAUAUCAAUGCCCUUGAUCUUGGUCCAGGAAAUAUGGAGGAGAGCAUGCGCUCGCUCCUUGCCACUGUAGGCGAUAUCUAUGGCGUCCAGCCGUCGUCUGUCUAUGAAUGGGAGAAGAGACGGUCCUCCACUGCGGGUGCGAUUGAACCUUUCCCCGAAUAUGAUUCGAUUACCGCUAUUGUUGAACGGGCUUUUCGACACACCGUUCUGGAUGGGUACGGUGACCUCAAUUUGAAAAUCGAUGUGUUAAAGGCGUGCAUUAGCUCCUGUGAGGCACUCCCCGACUUUAGCGGCGUCCUUCGGUUCACAGUAGAACUUCUGCAAACCAUCAGGGGGGAUCUGAUGCUAAACGAAUCCAACUACCAACCACCCUAUAUACCACGAGACGAACAGAUCCGACUUUUGAACAAUAUCAAAAGGACUGUUGGUGCAGCCCACAAACUAGGUGCCUCGGGGCUUGAGGCAGAGUAUUGGGAUGACUUUUUGGUCCGCGGCGUUCAAUUGCUGUCUCUUCCAGAUCCUAGGCGACCCGUUCGCCGCUCAAAACCCGAAUUAGAUGCUGUUACGGCAAGUCGCGAAAAGGCUACGAAGGAUCCAUUCUUAUACAACCCCUUUUCCAAAGCAAGUAGCAAGGCUGCCGAGUCGUUGAUGGUUGCCGGUGAAUUUGCGGCAUUCCAAGUCACACUUCAAAACCCUUAUGAGUUUGACUUGGAGAUCGAAAAACUCACGCUUGAUAGUGAUGGUGUAUCUUUAGAUGCAGUGGCAGAGUGGAUUCUGAUCCCCCCACUAUGCGUGCAAGACAUUACAGUCUAUGGGAAGGCCAGCGCAGAAGGAGCACUCAAGGUCACAGGCUGCAUCGUGAAGGCUCGACACUGCAGGGAGCGCAAAUUUCCGAUAUUCAAAAGCUUCUGGAAGCCGGAAGCAGAAUGGAAAUUCAAAAGAACCGGGUUGGCGGCCAAGAAGCCUACCGUGGAACGUCCGCUUUCGUGGAGCUCGACGACAUCCAGAAAUGGGAAACAACUUCCCAAGAAAGGCCCUGACACGUCGGUCUGUGAGGUCAAAGUCAUUGGCCAGCAGCCAUCCCUGGUGAUCGAGUCAUUGUCGCUGUCCCAGUCCGCGAUCAUGGUGUUAGAGGGUGAAUUAAGCUCCUUUAACAUUACCCUACGAAACACCUCGACCUGCACUCUGGACUUUAUCCUCUUUACCUUCCAGGACUCGACAACCAGGCAAGUCCAGUCGGCACUUAGCAACAAAGAUCUGUUACCCGUCGAGAUAUAUGAGUUGAAAUUGAACUUAACAAAGCCAGCGCUGCGGUGGCGCCGAGAAGGCUUGAACCCCGAGGAUCACUCCAUACCAGCAGGCCAAAGCGCCACGUUCACCAUUGAUGUCAUCGGAAAACCUGGUCUGCAGGACACCACAGUGCAAAUUGAUUACUCGUGUAUUGGGGUUCCGCAUGGGAACUUACCUGACGUGUUCUACACCCGUCAGUUGUUUGUCCCACUUACCGCAACGGUCAAUGCCAGUAUAGAGGUUGCUCGGUGUGAUAUCCUGCCCCUAAGCAGCGAUUUCGCUUGGUGGAACAAUCCCGAAAGCGUGGCAGGAAGCGAAACUGGCCAGAUUAGUGCCGGUCCUCUACCUCCGUCCACGGAGGUUGAUUCGUUCUCGCCAGUACUUUCUCACCUCGCCCGAGGUGGAUACGGGCCUGACCACUGUAUUCUUCUCCUUGACCUCCGCAAUGCUUGGCCAAACGCUCUGUCUGUUUCCUUGCAUGUCAGCGAGAACCCGGUGAAGUCAGACGUGGGACGGCCUUCCGAAUUGCCUGAAGACGGAAUUGGCCAAUACGCCGUCCGCGGAGAGCUUCAACCAGGCCAGAUGUCACGAUUCGUUCUUGUUCUCCCUCGAGCCUAUCUGGACAAUCCCCACGCAUCAAUCCCGAUCCUGAACACUGGAGUCAAGCGGCAGUUUGUAGUAAGUGCCAACAAACUCACAUUUGAAGCCGAGGCCGCUACACGCGAGGCAUUCUGGUACCGGGAAGAGAUCCUUCAAAGAGUCUGCGGGUUCUGGAAGGAGAAGACGGGCGUCCGUGAAGGGAUAGUCGACCUGCGGAACCUGCGUUUGAACGCGCGCAUGGUAGAGGCCUUCCGGUUAGAAGAUCUAGGCAUGACCUUCUCCCUGGAGCCUUCCUUCCCAGACGACGCCAAGAGCAUAGUACAAACAGGACGCUCCAAGUACAAUGUCCAAACCGACGACAUGCUCAACCUCACCGUCACCGUCGUCAAUCGCUCCUCGAGGUCCAUCCACCCUCUUCUACGCCUCCAGCCGAGCCUUCGUCACCAACCCAGCAACAUCGCCCUGGAUCUUUCACGACGCCUCGCCUGGACCGGAAUGCUGCAACAAGUGCUCCCCGUCCUGCAGAGUGGCGAAAGCACAACCGCCACCGUCGGCAUCACCGUCCUCUGUCGGGGCGAGUACGAAUUCGGCGCAACCGUCGAGGAACUAUGUCUACUGAGGCCGGCUCCCAACUCGGAAGGCGAGUCUUCUCACCCACCACCCUCAGGCCAGGCUGCUUUCCACGACGAUGAAGGCAUGAUCACAGAUACAUUUGGAGCGGAUGUGGCCAAGAAGAGACGAAUCUGGCACGCAAAAGAGACUUGCGUUUUGCAUGCUCUUGACUGAAACUCCUACACAUAUUGAUUAGGGGGCCGAGGGAACAGGGGCGGUGGUCUCGUCGUCAUUUCAGCAAGCUGCCUAGGCGUCUGUCUAUUUUCAUCUCCAUCAUC